AAAACCAAACUGCCGUGUAUGAUCUCUUAUUCAUGUCGUACUCACUGUUGCUGCACACGUAAAACCGUGGAAUAAUAAUCGAAGAAUUACGGGGUUGAGUGUAUCUCUGGAGAAUGAGCUCGUGGUUGGUUUUGGUCUGUCAGGUGCUUCAGACCCCCUUUGCUCUAUCUAUGAUACGCUUCAAUACACGAACUUUUUCGGGUAAUUGUAAAAAUUGGCACGAUGUAUUUACGAUAUCAGCAUUUCAUUUCACAGACGAAGUCGAUAAAAAAUUUUACAAGGUAAUUCGACGUGAGUUUUUGGACAUGCAAAAUUACAGUAUACUGCCACUCGGAACUCCGAGCAAUUCGAUAAACAAAAUAUGGAUAUUAUUCAAGUGACUGACAAGACAAACACGGCAACAAGUUUACGCGAAGUAAGGCCUGAAGGGUAAACACGCCCAGCGCUCGUCCACGAGCCAUAAUUUAGAGAAAGCGGCCUGAGUAGCGAUCUUCAGGGGAAAGCCUGGGCUGCCUCCUUGGAUGCACUCGGGAGGACAUGUGAUUAUCCAGCACUCUGUAUGGGGGUUGUUGGACAGGGCCUCUGAAAACACUCGACUCAGGGCAGACAGAAACGAGAUUUCACAGAGAACGGUCGUGUCUUGAGCGUCUGUUCCAACUUUCUGGAUAAUUUCUGAUUCUGUUACAAUCUAUCAAUUCUGGUUAUCGGCUAUGUCGUCACGUAUGCAAUUAUAGUUCUGUGUUAGUUUAUUACCGUGUGUCUGUAAUUGGUUGUGAGAGCGAAACACGGUAAGGCUGUCUCCUGGUGGUGCAUCGAUUACAACACAGCACCAGUGUUGUCGCGUGUUGUCCAUAGUCGUCCAAGGCCCAAUAGCUGUCCUUGUACUCGAGACGUUAAGGUCCUGUAAUGAUCAGGGCUUUUGCUAUCCGGGAAUCCUCCUGUGUCCGGUAACGUAACCCAGCAGGAAGGUCCCGGCAUCACAGCACACACCGUGUAUUGCGACAAUAUUGCAGAGCUUGUACCCUACGAUAGAUCACCUUAAUUUCUUGGCGCGUUAUUAGUUCAGUACGGUAUCAAACUUCAUACAGAACCCUGGCUACAGAAGAAACCCCAGUAUAAUACAUCUUGUCAGUUUUCUUCACACCGCAAAUGACGAGCUUGAUGGAAGAUUGAAUUCACAACAUUUCUCGUAAGGAUUAUCGGUUCAGAAAACCGCAGAGUGUAGAAUCAUUGGAACCGCGAUCUGUACUAAUUCAACUGACAGAUAGACCGCAGCGACAUUAGAGGAUCGUUACAAAGAGCACGUAGUUUUCGAUGUUCCGACGCCUGCGGAAGACGAAAUGGCUGUCGCGACCGACGGAAAUAUUGUGGUACCAGUGGAUCGGAGGAAUAGGAUCGAUGCUGAUGAUGGGUGUGAUCGGCAUGCUGAUCGGGAUGUUGUCCCCAUUUCUGGCCGUGAUCACCUCCCCGAACCCGUCACUCUUCCUCACCAUGGACGAGGCCUCCUGGGUGGCGUCGUUGUCUAGUCCGGCGCGUCUGGUGGGUGCGAUUUUUGGCUCAAUCGGCAUCCAUUACCUCGGAGGUAAGAGGGCGAUGCUUAUCGCGGGAUGCCCUCUGCUGCUGGCUUGGGUUUGCCUCAUCCUGGCUGACUCGGCAAAAUGGCUCUACGGGACCAGCUUCGCCCACGGGCUGGGCAUAGGGAUCGCGUUCGUCAGUUUUCCCGUCUACCUCGGCGAAGUGAGCAGCUCAGCGACCCGCGGCGCUUUGGUGUCCUUCGCCGUGAGCGGGUUUCCUCUGGGCUCGUUGAUAGGCAACAUCUUGGGCACCUAUCUACCAAAAACCACGUUCGGCUACAUAGCUUUGGCGCCGACAAUCGUUUACAUCGCCAUCUUCCUAUGCGUCCCCGAAUCUCCUCACUACUUUGUCAGGAUGGGCAAAUUGGACGAAGCGGAGAGGUCAAUAAGCCGGUACCACCCGAAGGUGGUCGUCAAAGAGGAGCUGGAGUUCUUACAGACAUUUACCUCCGAAUCGAAUUCGGUAACGGUCGGAGACCGACUGAGGGAAUUGACAACACCUCGAAACAGGAAGGCUGGAAUGAUGAUUAUGCUACUGUACUUCUUUAUGCAUUUCAGUGGUCUCAACUCCGUUAUUUACUACAUGGAAAUUAUUCUGAAAACAAGCAAGGUGACCGCGAUUUCUCCUGCGACGGUUGUGAUCGUGGCCAACGUCCUUGAUUCCGUGGGCGGAUGGGUGUCGAUGUCUUUGGUCGAUAGAUAUGGACGGAAGCCAAUGUGGAUAACUUCGAGCUGCGGAGCUUGCGUAUCCAUGGCUUUAACUGGAGUAAAUUUUACCCUUUUGGCCAACGGCUAUAAUUCCUACGGUCAGCAGUGGGUGCCGAUAGUUUGCAUGAUCAGCUUCCGGGUGUUUCUAUUCAUCGGCCUCAUUCCCAUGCCGAGUAUAUUUCUGAGCGAGCUUAUCGCGCCGAAUUUGAAAAGCUUGACAGCAUGUUUGGGCAAUGUUUUCGCGGGGCUCGUCGCCUUUGCCUCGACGAAAAGUUAUCAACCUUUGCUGGAUGCCUUCGGCGAAGCUUGCGUAUUCUACAUGUAUGCCGUUAUCAUGUUUCUAGCUUUUAUUUUUGGCUUCAUAUUGCCUGAAACGAAGGGUAAGACCUUGCACGAGAUUCAAAACAUGUAAAUUCGAAGGUGGGAUAACGAGCUAACAAUAGCCUUCGCAGGGUCCGCGUAUUGUAUACUAUCACUAUAUUCUUAAAUUAUUUCAGAGAUCAUUUAAUGUUGAAACUGUCUCAUGUUGUGUCUUGUAAGAUGAUUAUAAAUUUGAAAUUGAUAUACUUAAGCAGUGGUAGACCUUUACAUCGCCGGUAAGCCACCAUACGGGCUCAAAUCUUGACGUGAACUUUGCAUCUCCCUAAAACGCAUCUCUGGUGCCAAAACCUUUCGCCAAGUACGUUAACAAUAUAGUCAUUACCCACAAAAAUACCUUCUUUGACAAAAAACGUAUACAUACAAUCAGCUCAUACAAAAAAAGAUUCAAAUCAUGUACUACUGUCAAGUACACGUCUGUUAAUUCACAAUAAAGGCAGGAUCGAAACUGAA